UAGAGAGUUACACUUCCUGUUUGUCGAGGAGUGACGAUUUAUAAGCGGACGGUGGUCAAAAUGUCAGGUCUUGUCAAAGCCAAGCAAUAUGAUUGGAAGGACAGCAAUCUAGCAUUGUUUGGAUCAGAUACAGAGAAACAGGUCAAAAAGGAGUCUGCAGAGUCUGAGCCCGCCUGGAAAGGAAUUGGACAGAAACCCGGACUCCAAAUCUGGAGGAUUGUGAAAUUCAAGGUGACAUCAUGGCCCAAAGAGGAUUAUGGGAAAUUUUACAAUGGAGAUUCUUACAUUGUAUUGAAUACCUACAAGGAGGAGAGUAGUGAUGAGCUACUGUAUGAUGUCCACUUCUGGAUCGGGAAGUACAGCACUCAGGAUGAGUACGGUACAGCAGCGUAUAAAACAGUGGAACUUGAUACAUUUCUUGACGACAAGCCAAUCCAACACAGAGAAGUCCAGGGCUUUGAGUCUGAUCUCUUCAAGUCCUAUUUUGAUACAAUCACAAUUCUAGAAGGAGGAGCAGACACCGGAUUUAACAAGGUGACCCCUGAAAAGUACACACCUCGUCUGUUUCACUUCUGUGGCACCAGGAAACAUGUGGAGGUCAAACAGGUUCCACGCUCUGCGAGUCGAUUGGACAGUGGAGAUGUUUUUAUUCUGGAUCUGGGUUUGACUAUUUACCAGUGGAACGGUAAAGGCAGCAACAAGGACGAGAGGAUGAAGGCCAUGCAGUACAUCCUUAAAUUGAAAGACGAGCGAAAUGGGAAAGCUCGUUCAGAAGUUCUUGAUGAUGGCUUAUUAUCAAAGGACCAUGAGUUUUACCAUGCCCUGACUGAAGACGAUGUUCCAGAUGAAGCAGAGAACAUGAAGCCGAAAGACUUGACAGUGGAACUCUUCAGAUUGUCUGAUGCCUCGGGAAAUCUGACAUUUAAAGUAGAGAAGACUGGGUCAGUAGCCACAUCUGAUUUGGACAGCAAGGAUGUGUUUAUUGUCGACACCAAGAAAGCUGUCUAUGUUUGGAUUGGAUUGGAAACCUCUGUUGCUGAAAGAAAGAAUGCAAUGACAUAUGCCCAUAAAUAUCUACAGAAAACUGACCAUCCACUUUUGAGCGUCACAUGUCUGUCCGAGGGAAAACAUGACAGACAGAUCAGAAUGGCCCUCAGCGCUUAGUUAUCCGAGGACAAAGGCCGAGGCUAAUCUAAUUCAUUAAUAAAUAUUUGAUACCCAGAGAUAACAGUUUUUGAGCUGAAAGAACCUUUAAAUAUGUUGUUCUGAUGUCAGCAAUAAUCAUAGUGUUAUAGUUUUGAUGUAGAUUUAGCAAUACAUAGUUUUCUAUCCAUGGAUUUCUUUUCCGAAGAUAAAGUUAUAAACCAGAUUUAGCAAUAUAUAUAGUUUUUUUAAUAAAUGGAUUUGUGUUCUAAGGAAAAUUAACACCAAUUGUUGGAGAAACUCGUUUUUGUCUGUCUUUAUCACUAACGUUUUUUUUCACUUUACAAGCUUAAUUUAUUUUUUUUUUUCAUAUGUAUACAAUUAUAAAUGUUACUUAUAUUAAGGGUAAAACAUGUGGGUUUUGGAGUUUAUAAUUAUUUUUGGAACUCUUUUUUCAUUCUUUUCAUUUUUUCUAGUUUUAUAGUGCUAUUUUCUUGCGCAAUAAUGCUGUAUAUCGCAGAUCAUCCUUAUAUAGAAAUAAACGUUAUAGCAUUUGA